AUGAAGAAAGAUGCUGCGAGACAAGAACCUCUGGUCGCUGUCAUAGCGCACAUGCUGGAGGAAACUGUGGUCAGGAAUGAGCAGCUGCAGAAGAAAAGCUCCCUUCCUUCUUUCACCGGUCGCAGGCCCCCCCUCACAGCCUCGGCAUUUGUGAACAGGGUAGCGAAGUACAGCGGAGCAAGUCCCUGCUGCUUCGCCGUUGGCCUCAUCUACCUCGAGCGGAUGAAGAAGCGCGACCCGGGGGUGUGUCUGACUACCACCAAUUUCCAAAGACUGUUUCUUGUGGCGGUGAUGACUGCAGCCAAGUUCCUCGACGACUUCUACUACUCCAAUAAGCACUGGGCUGAGGUGGGCGGCAUGACAACUGUCGAGAUCAACAAGCUCGAGCUGGAGUUUCUCUUCCGCAUGGGCUUCAGCCUUCACAUGCAGCGCGAAGAAUAUGACUGGUAUGCCGAGGAGCUUCACUCGCGCGCACAGCAAGAGAUCCUCACAGCUCAAGUCCAGCUGGCCACCAUCCAGCCUGUCAUCCAGCAGUACACCGUUCAGCCCCAGCUGGUGCAGCCGCAGCUCAUGCACGUGGUUCAGUUCCAGGCCAUGGCAGAUCACCGCCUACAUGUACAACAAGAGCAGCAUGUGGUCGUGGAUCAGGCGGUGAGCGUCCCCGCUAAGCUCGGGCUCCCCUUCAAGACGAGGCCCUCGCCGCGACGGGGCCCGGAGGACGCGUACACAGGCCCUGACUCUUUCCUGUCCGCUCACACCACUCCCAGCAGCAGCACUGCUUAUAUACCUCACCUUCCCCCUACGCAGAACGUGGUGCAAGGGCCAGGAGCAGAAGCACAGGCGAAGAGCGGCAUGAGCGGGAAGCAGGAGGGCGACGAAGGGAAGGGACCCAACGGGAUGGACUGGGUUUACUGCUGA